CGGCGGGGAGUUAGAACAAGAGCUCAUCCAUCGGUGGGUGGCCAGGAUGCCUCUCCCUUUAGCGCUUCAGGCUCGGCUUGCAAAGAGGGGGAUUCUGAAGCACGUGGAUUCAGAGCCAGCAGAGGAGAUCAUCGCAGAAGAUUAUGAUGACGACCAUGUGGAUUAUGAAGCCACACGCAUAGAAAACCUGCCCCCCAGUUGGUACAAGGUCUUUGAUCCUAUUUGUGGUCUGCCUUAUUACUGGAAUGUGGAGACCGACCUGGUCACCUGGCUCUCCCCCAAUGACCCAAGUGCAGUCUUAACCAAAGCUGCCUCCAAGCAGAAAGAACCAGAGGAGAAGGCAGAGCGGGAGGAGCUGCUUACGAAGGAAAGGAGGUUUUCUUGGCGGGAUGAAGUGGCUCCAUACCCCAAAUCCAAAAAAGGGAGAAAAGAAGAAGAACUGGAUCCCAUGGACCCAAGUGCCUAUUCUGAUGCCCCUCGGGGCACAUGGUCCACUGGGCUGCCCAAGAGAAACGAGGCCAAGACUGGUGCUGACACCACAGCCGCGGGGCCCCUGUUCCAACAGAGACCAUAUCCCAGCCCAGGGGCCGUCCUGAGGGCCAACGCAGAGGCGUCGCGCAAUAAAGAGCUGGAAUAGGAUCAUUGCUGCCCCCUAUUGAUUGUGAUGUGUUACUGCUGUACAGUUGCUUGUGCCCCCUUCCCUGCCUGGCUGCCGUCUGUGUGUGUGUGUGUGCGCCCACCCAUCUGUCUGGAUGCAUUCUGGAAUAAAAGUGAUUGUGUUGAACAAAACUUUACCUGCUUACAUUGCUGGCGGUUGAGGCGCUGGGAAAAGUGUGGGUGCGCCUAGAGUGACAGAGAGCAGGACGUGAUCUGGGGGCAUCAAGGGACAGUUUAUAAAUUUUGUUGCUAUGGGUGGAAGAGCCUAGUAACCAUGAAUGGGGGGGGUAAGUCUCU